GUUAUGUUCUAGAAGACGAUCUCUGUAGUUUUUUAUUAUCAGAAUUAGAAAUACUUAGAUAUUUAUAGACAUGGCAUUGUACUCGUAUUAAAUUGCGGCUGACUUGGAAAAUUCUGAUGAAAUGCGAUGGAAUUAUAUGAUAUAUAUAAUCACGUCUUUAUCCCUUGCGGAAUAGAUAGAGGAAAAAAGUGAUUUAAGGACUGCGUUCAGCUGUUCCGCAUUGAGAUAUUGAAAUGAGAGCAAAUAGUAACAGGUUGCUAGCCCAUCGCCUUCAAAAAGAAUCCUAAGUUUAUUAGCCAUUACAUUAGUCGCCUAGUUAUAAUCUAUCGCGAUCAAAAUACCAUGGUAUAUUUUGAUAGCAAUAGAUUUUUUACAGCUAUAACAGAGGGAAUAUACUUACAGACAGCUACAGAGGGAAGCCCGGAUUAUUUUAUUUAUUUAUUCAUUGAAAGCUUAUCAAAAAUAACAAAUUAUCAAAUGCACAAUUAAAUGUUUUUACUAUUAAAAUAAUUUUAUAUUUUUUAUAGUUUGACCAUCAUGGUGCUGCAACAGAUGUUCCAGAUCUUUGAUGAGAUAUAUCUCAUCAGAAAAUGUUUAUCAGUCUGAACAACUUUCGUAAGGGCUGUACUUACGUGUUCUAUAUUUUCAUUUCUAUAUUUAUUAUAGUUUAAUUGGACCAUCAUCAUCAAUCAUUUACCCAGCCUAUAUGUUGCCCAGGCCAAAUAGCUUAUAUAGUAUAUCAAAAAGUUUUUUUCCGAAUAGGUACGUCUAGUAGUUCCUAUUAGUGUGUACAAACAAACAGUUUUCUUUAAAUUCUUACUCUACAACUGUUUCUAAAUCGCGUAAUUUUAUUUGAAUGAAUUUUUUUAUAUAGUUUUCGUACAUGUAUUAAUUUUUUAUAAUAAAAUUUUCAUACAUACAUACAAAAGAUAUCUAUAGCCUGUAAUGGCAAAGAAUACUUUUUCAUGAUAUUUUACCAAGACGGAAAAACAAGUUACUUUAGGUAGAUAUAUAAUCUGUAAUAGCAUUAGUAAGUCAUUUUGCUGGUCGUGUAACCUUACUGAGGUGAUUUAGGAAUGCUCUUCUUAUUCAAACCAAGUUUCAGUUUUUCAUGGCGCGUGACUUGUAACUAACGCAUUUAAACAUGAUCGAAUUACAAAUAUUUUUACUAAGUUUGAUAUUUUGUAAGUGUCGUAAAAUCAAGAAAGCUAUAUACUUUGUUUAAUAAAUUAAUUAUAAUUAAUUGUAAUAAAUUUAUUCAAUUAAUAUUUUAGCUAGAACAUUAAGCGGGAUAAUAAAUGUAGAAAAACUACCAGAAAAGCAGUUAUUAUUAAGCAAAAGAGUGGUUACAGAAACACAGGAGUUUGAUGGUGGUGUCCUAGUUGACGAAAAUGGGAAAAUCGAAGCGUUACUAACUCGGCAAUCCAUAAACACAAUUCUAUCAAGUAACUCUAUAAACUAUCAGAUUGUAGACGGUGGCGACUUGGCGUUGAUGGCUGGAGUGAUAGACUCUCAUGUGCACGUGAACGAACCCGGGCGCACUUCCUGGGAGGGCUAUGUAUCGGCCACGCAGGCGGCGGCUGCGGGCGGCGUCACCACUAUCAUCGAUAUGCCUCUUAAUUCAAUUCCACCGACAACCACCUUAAAGAAUUUAAAAAUAAAGGCAUCUAUAGCGAAAGAAGAAGUAUACGUAGACGUCGGUUUCUGGGGCGGGAUCAUACCAGGCAAUGAGGUAGAGUUACGUGAUAUGAUUAGAGCAGGAGUGGUGGGAUUUAAAGCUUAUUUGAUUGAUAGCGGCGUGCCUGAAUUUCCCAACAUUAAUCCCGAUCAACUCAAAAAAGUAUUUGAGGUACUAAACGGUACAGAAACAGUUUUGGCGUUUCACGCAGAAAUGGACAUAGGGAUGGCCACUAAGUGCAAUAAAAACAAUACAACCAAUUGCCCAGAUCCCCAGUUAUACGGCACAUACCUAGAAUCCCGACCUGAUGAAAUGGAAUUGGAAGCUGUUUCGCUAAUCGCAUCGUGCAUACCAAACACAAAUGUCCACGUUCAUAUUGUACACGUCUCGGCUGAAGGAGUAGUGCCUAUCUUGGAGAAGGCUAGGGAUGAGCGCUUAGCGGCCGGGUACAGCGGCUGGCGCGGAGGGGUCACCGCAGAGACGUGCCACCAUUACCUCACUAUCAGCGCUGAAGAGAUCCCGGCAACGCACUCAGAGUUUAAAUGCUCGCCGCCUAUCAGAAAUCUUACCAAUAAGGAAAAGUUAUGGGAGUACAUCAGGGAUGAAAGACUAGACCUUGUUACAUCGGAUCAUUCUCCAAGUGUCAAAAGUUUGAAGAGAAAUAAUUUUAUGACUGCUUGGGGCGGCAUCUCCUCUAUCCAAUUCGAUAUCUCAUUAUUUUGGACCCAAGCAAAGGCGAGAGGGUUCGGGCUGAGUACAGUCAGUCAUUAUCUUUCCGCGGGUCCAGCUCGGCUGUGCGGGUUGCAGGAUCGCAAGGGCUCGAUCAGACCUAGGCUCGAUGCUGAUCUUAUCUUCUUCGAUCCCAAUGCCUCGUUCAUUGUCACGCCACAGAUAAUUCGCUACAAAAACAAGAUGAGCCCGUACAUGAACAGAGUGCUAACCGGCAAAGUGGUGGCUACUUAUAUUAGGGGUCAACUUGUUUAUGCUGACGACCAAGUUAUUGGAGGUCCUAAGGGAAAACUUCUGUUAAAUGAGGGUUAUUAGAGUUCUUUAAUCUAUCUAGAUGUUUGUUCUGCCUGCGUGCCAUAAUACCUAUAUCUGUAUAAGGUAUUUAACUUGUACCUAACUUCGUUAAUCUUACUUGUUGUAUACAUUACCUACUGGAUAUAACUAUUCAUCAUAUUGUUUGUUACUUACUAGAUGAAACGGAAACUUUUGAAUAAUGAUAAUGAGAUAAAAGAACGUUGGAAGAAAUAUUUCGAAGAUUAAUGAAUGUUGAGAAUGAAUGCAGUAAAGAAGUAAGUAUAAAGAAUACCUGUCAAUAUAGGAAUGUUUGGUGAGGUAACGAUUGAAGAAGUAAGAAUGGCAGUGGAAAGUAUGAAAAAUGGAAAAGCUGUGGUAGUUACUAAAAAUGAAUGGGUGGACAUUGUUGGCAUUGUUUUUCAAUAAGUUGUUGCAAGAGGAGGCGAUCCCUGAAGAAUGUCGCAUCAGUAUUCUGGUACACAUUUUAAAAAAUAUAGGUGAUGAACAGGACUGCAACAACUACUGAGGAAUAAAGCUAAUGUCACAUGAAAAUUUGGGAGAAGAUCAUAGAAAGAAGGCUGAGAGUAGAGUGUCAGAUUUCCCAAAAUCAAUUUGGUUUCAUGCCUAGUCGAGGAACAACUGAUGCGAUAAUUGCACUACGCCAACUUUGUGAAAAGUAUAGAGAAGUUCAUAAAAAUUUUCAUAUGGUUUUCGUUCAUCUCGAGAAGGCUUAUGACAGGGACCACGGGACAUUUUAUGGUGGGCAUUGGAAGUGAAAUAGUACCUUGGAAGUACAUACAAAUAGUGCGCGCUUUGCAUGGAAGGUCUAGUACGGUUCGAUCUGUGGCAGGUGUUACUGAGCAGUUUAGCGUGGGAGUGGGUCUAAACCAGGGAUCAGCAUUAAGUCCCUAUUUAUUUAUCCUCAUAAUGGAUGCGCUAAAAUUCGACAUCCAAGAGGAAGCGCCUUGGUGUAUGAUGUUCGCGGAUAAUAUUGUUUUGGUUGAAGAAAACGGAUCUGAAGUGCAAAGCAGACUGGGAAUGGCAAGAGAGAUUAGAGAACGUAGGUCUAAAGAUCAGUAGGACCAAAACAGGACAAUUGUUUCUCGACUUUGGUGGUUCUUCAAAUUUCUCCUCAAUUGCCUUAAGUGGUGUGACCUUACCAGUCUGCGUAAAUUUUAAGUAUUUAGAUUCGCUUAUACAGGGCGACGGGGUAUCAACCGGGAUGUUAACAACAAAGUCCCUACUUGAAAGGAUGAUGCAAUUGCAGGAUGGGCAAAAUGGCGACAAGUAGGUAACAAGAGUGACAUGCGAUCCUCGUAUGCCUCUUAAAUUAAAAGGGAAAAUAUACAAGACGGUCAUCAGACCGGUCAUGCGGUAUGGAGCAGAGUGUUGGGCAACGAAAGCGACGGAUGAAAGGAAAAUGCAUAAAGAUGCGAAUUUUAAGAUGGAUGUGUGAAGUGACAAGAAUGGAUAAAAUUCGUAAUGAGUACCUAUAUAAGAGGAAGUAUGAAAGUAGCGCCAAUAAAUGAAAAGAUGAAUGGUAAUAAGCUGGGUUGGUACGGACACAUCAUGAGAAGAGAGGAAGGACAUGUAACUAAAAUAGAGCCUUAAAUAUGGAAGUGAAAGUUUUAAGAAAUAAGGGAAGACUGAAAUAGUGAUGGAUGGAUGGCAUAAAGGAUAGGUAGAAUGAGUAGAAAGGGAGUGACCAGUCAGAUGGCAAUUGACAGAAGUAAUUGGAAAAAACAAACACACUGUGCCGACCCUACGUAGAAAGUGGAAAAAGGUAACGACAAAGAAAAGAUAUUGUUUGUUACUUGUUUGUUUAUUAAACUCUUGUAAAUAAUGUACUGUAUUGAAAAGGGUCUAACUAUUCUUAUGAAGGUCAGUGAAUGUUAUUGCACAAUUCACGGUUUAUUUACUUCGUUUUAUUCCAAUCAAAUUCACUUUUUCCUGCAUGCUAUGUAGGCUUUUUGUACGAAGGUACAAAUUACAUUAAGACAUACAUUGUCGCUUAGCUUUGCCAAUUCAAUUGUUAUCUAAUAAACAAGCACAGAUUGUCUCUUUUCAAAUAUCCUAUAUUUAUAUACCUAAUAUUUUCAUUAGGCACUUUAGCGUCUAGAACAAAACUUCUUGUCAUGCUCAUACAAAUAAAACAUUCAUUUACUUAAUAUAAAAUUGUAAACAAAAACCCUGUACUAACACGAAAUACUUAGUUAUUAUCAGUACUAGCUAGGUACGUAUUUACAUUGUUCACAUGUUCAGAGGCGACGAAAAAUGAGGGUUCAGAAAUAGAAAUGCCGCAUAAAGUUAAUCUUUUGAAAUCCAAAGAAGAACAAGCUAUUGUUAUGGCUUUGGCGGCGAUUUCAACCAAUAACAAAUCUUUUGAAUGGAUGGGAUUCCCUUCAGUGCGCAAUGAAGAAACUCCGGCAAAUUUUGAAAGAUCUGAAGAUAUAAAAAAAGCAUUCCAACAAAAUGCUGCAGGCGCUUC